UAUUUUUCCAUAACUCCUCAUAAGUUACUGUUAUAAAAUAUUUAAUAUUAUAGACUGAGCCAAUCAAUGUAGAAUAGGCUAUGUCAUUUCUUUGUUCAGUUCUCAUCAUGCAGUAUCUGUAGAGGCUGUUAAUUUGUUACCUGUGAUUUGAUCAAUAAGUUGCAAAUAAGGUGUAAUGUUAUAGGCCUAUUAUUUUUCCUCAACUUCUUGAAGGUGAUCUUCAUUUUUGAUUUUCAGAAUAGCCUAUGAAUCUUAUAGACCUGGCUAAUCAAUGCAUAAUACGCUGUCUUUUUAAGGUUGCUUAGGUUAAGUCUGUGUGAUUUUAAAAAUUUAUCAACGCUAGCCUAUGUCAUGAACAGUAAAUUGACAAAACAAAAUCGGUUACUUAUAAAAUUAUUAGGCCUAUAAAAAAAUUGAAUUGUGUACCAUUGUCAAUGUUACACAACCUAAUCAAGGCCAACCUAUAGAACCUAACCUUUCAGAAUUUUUUGGUUAAAAACUGAUAUAUUCACGACACAGUUAAUUUUUUCAUAAAGCAUUUUUAUGUACCCUCUAAAAUCACUGGUAAAAUGGGUAAAUACUGGUGAAAGUAUAAAUCCCCAUUUUUAUUUUUUUAAAUAUUUUGUUUUAAUAUUAUAAAUACUUGUUCCAGAAUUCAGAAAAUAAGUUCUUCAGCAAUUAGCUCUUCUGAGAGCUACUACUAACAGCAACCGAGACAUGUUGGAAUCAAUAUUGAAAUCUCAAAAUCAAAAUACAGACCCCUGGUCAAACCAGCAGCAUGAUGAAAUCAACUUUGAUCCGGCACGAUUGCCAAUGAAGACUGAGGAGAGUCUGCUCAAAAUAGAAGAGGAGCUGAGAGAUAAUCAUUCCAAAAAUAACAUGGUCAACUACCUGAGUAAAAUUGGCGAAAACAGCAUAAAUGACAUGACGAAAAGAAUAAUGAGAAGACUUAUUGGUGAUGAAUUAGCCAAAGACUACAGCUGGUUUGGUGCGAAAGGAAAAAACAGUUUUCAAUUCUUCAAAGUGCCAGAGUCCUUGAGGAAGCUGUUAAGAUGGGGUUUCAAGAAGCAACGGAAAAAACGAUUGAAGAGGCCACCAAAAAUUGGUUGAGGCAUGCUCCUGAACGUCAAACCGGAAAACAAAAACGGUUCUUGUAGUAGCUGUAGUAAAACAUCUAAAAUUGCAUCAUAUAUUUGCCAUAAAACAAAACAAAAACGGUGUUUGUAGUAGCUGUAGUUAAACAUCUAAAAUUGCAUCAUAUAUUUGCCAUACUUCAUGAACCUUGAAUAUGUUUUUAAAAGUAAAUAACAAUAGGCCUAUAAAUAAUAGUUUAAAUUAAGUUCAAUGAGUACUACUAACUUUUUUCAUGAUUCUCUUAGAAUAAUGUAACUCAUUCAUAACAAAAUUCUUACGUUUUCCCACAUUAUCUUAGUAUAUGGAAAAAGUCUUGCUUUAUCAAUACUUUUGAAUCAAAAUUUUCAAGGUUAUAUCCAUUUUGUAAAAUAUUUAUUUGUACACCUAGCAGUGGCGGCUGGUGUAAAUAUAGAUUGGAGGUUGCAGAUACCAAUCCUAACUUUCAUAGGAAGUAAGAACGCGAUAAAUAGGGAUUAUUAAAUUGUCAUUUUAAUAGGGAUAAUUGUCAUAGAACUUGAAUUAUAUCAUUUUCCCAACAAAAUUCCAAGUCACUGUAAGAGAUAACAAUAAGUGAAAUAAAUAAGUUACAAGAUUCAAUCAAUACAAUAGAAAUAGAAAGCCCAAAACUGUUCUACAUAAGAUCAGUCUUAAUAUUAUUAGCCUGGAAAUACAAUAUAUAGCACAGUAAUAUUUUUAACUUGUACUUACGCGCUCACGCAAACCCUUACUGAUUGUGUGGAAUUCUCAAUAUUAGAAGGUCUCACAAACUUCUCAAGUUCAAUUACAUUCUCAAUUGCUUUUAACUAAAUAUCCAAUUAUCCAAUAAAUUUUCAAUAGAAUGAAUAUAGUUUUUGUUUAUUACACGAUCACUUACAUAUCCUUGUUUAUUAUUACACACACGUUUAUUUUGUUUUGGAGCCGCCACUGACACCUAGGGAGGAAAGUUAUACUUUUAUGAACUGAUGUUGAUGGUUUUUAAUUAACCUGUGAUUUCAAAAUAAAAUUUUGUUAAAAUUUUAA